AAGGUUUCCAGCCUCGCGGAGACAUCAUGUCAGCUCGGCUCUUUUUCCUCGUUGUCUCACUGGCCUGGACCAAAGCAACAUGGGCCAUGGACAUGGACUACAACUUGACUCACUCGGUCUCCCUGGGCACCAACGUCCACCUGAAGUGGGGUUUUGAUUUGCAUCGAGAAAACAUCACAUUCGAGCUGACAAUCGGCACAACAGGCUGGGUGAGCCUUGGAUUCAGUCCACACGGAGGCAUGGAUAACGCAGACAUCGUCAUGGGGGGACUUGGAUCCACUGGUAGCUAUUUCACUGAUCGUUUUUCCACAGGGGAGAGCAUGCCCACCACAGAUGAGCUGCAGAACUACCAUCUCAUCUCGAUGACUGAACAUAAUGGGGAAACCAUAAUGACAUUUCACAGGCUCGUGGAUACGAAGGAUCCCAAAGACUAUCACAUUACU